GACGCCGCCCUGCGCGCCAGGAAGCUGCGGAGCAACCUGCGCCAGCUCACCCUCAGCGCGGCCGGGGGCUGCCCCGGGGCCGGAGCCGACCCGCUCGAGUCCCCCGACACCCCCCAGCUCGUGCUGCCGGCCACCAUCGGCGACAUUGAGGUGCUGAACCUGGGGAACAACGGCCUGGAGGAGGUGCCCGACGGGCUGGGGUCGGCGCUGGGCAGCCUGCGCGUCCUGGUCCUGCGCAGGAACCGCUUCGGCCGGCUGCCCUCGGCGGUGGCCGAACUCGGCCACCACCUCACCGAGCUGGACGUGAGCCAUAACCGGCUGACCGCCCUGGGCGCCGAGGUGGUGAGUGCUCUAAGGGAGCUGCGCAAGCUCAACCUCAGCCACAACCAGCUGCCCGCCCUGCCCGCCCAGCUCGGCGCCCUCGCCCACCUGGAGGAGCUGGAUGUCAGCUUUAACCGGCUGGCGCACCUGCCUGACUCCCUGUCCUGCCUCUACCGCCUGCGCACCCUCGACGUGGACCACAACCAGCUCACCGCCUUUCCCCGGCAGCUGCUGCAGCUGGCGGUCCUGGAGGAGCUGGACGUGUCCAGCAACCGGCUGCGGAGUCUGCCUGAGGAUAUCAGCGCCCUGCGUGCCCUCAAGAUCCUCUGGCUGAGUGGGGCCGAGCUGGGCACGCUGCCCAGCGGCUUCUGUGAGCUGGCCAGUUUGGAGAGUCUCAUGCUAGACAACAACGGGCUGCAGGCUCUGCCCGCCCAGUUCAGCAGCCUGCAACGGCUCAAAAUGCUCAACCUCUCAUCUAACCUCUUCGAGGAGUUCCCUGCCGCGCUGCUGCCCCUGGCUGGCCUGGAGGAGCUCUACCUGAGUCGCAACCAGCUCACGUCAGUGCCAUCCCUUAUCUCUGGGCUGGGCCGGCUGCUCACCCUGUGGCUGGACAACAACCGCAUCCGCUACCUGCCGGACUCCAUUGUGGAGCUGACUGGCCUGGAGGAGCUCGUGCUGCAAGGCAACCAGAUCGCCGUGCUGCCGGACAACUUUGGCCAGCUCUCCCACGUGGGCCUGUGGAAGAUCAAGGACAACCCACUGAUCCAGCCCCCCUACGAGGUCUGUAUGAAGGGGAUCCCCUACAUCGCAGCCUACCAGAAGGAGCUGGCUCACUCCCAGCCUGCCGUGCAGCCCCGCCUCAAGCUGCUCCUGAUGGGCCAUAAGGGUGCGGGAAAGACCCUGCUCCGACACUGCCUCACUGAGGAGAGGGUGGAGGGAAGCCAAGGAGGAGGGGACAAGGACCAGAGCUACCCACCUUCCCCUGCCCCCGGGAGCAAGGGCAUCGAGGUGACUAGCUGGACGGCCGACGCCUCCCGGGGCCUGCGGUUCAUCGUGUAUGACUUGGCUGGUGAUGAAAGUUACGAGGUGAUCCAGCCCUUCUUUCUCUCCCCAGGGGCCCUGUAUGUACUGGUGGUCAACUUGGCAACCUAUGAGCCGCGCCGCUUUCCCACCGCCGUGGGCUCCUUUUUGCAUCGGGUAGGGGCGCGGGUGCCUCAUGCCGUGGUGUGCAUCGUGGGCACACACGCAGACCUGUGCGGGGAGCGGGAGCUGGAGGAAAAGUGUCUGGACAUUCACCGCCAGAUAGCCCUGCAGGAAAAGCAUGAUGCGGAGGGGCUGAGCCGUCUAGCUCAGGUGGUCGACGAGGCACUGGCCCGAGACUUCGAGCUGCGCUCUGCCAGCCCCCAUGCAGCCUACUAUGGUGUUUCAGACAAGAACCUUCGCAGGCGCAAGGCCCAUUUUCAGUACCUGCUUAACCACAGGCUGCAGAUCCUCUCCCCGGUGUUGCCUGUUAGCUGCAGGGACCCCCGCCAAUUGCAACGCCUUCGGGAUAAGCUCCUCUCGGUAGCUGAGCACCGAGAAAUCUUCCCCAACUUACACAGAGUACUGCCUCGAUCCUGGCAGGUGCUGGAGGAACUGCAUUUCCAGCCACCACAGGCACAGCGACUUUGGCUGAGCUGGUGGGACUCGGCGCGCUUGGGCCUGCAGGCGGGUCUGACCGAGGACCGGCUGCAGAGUGCCCUUUCCUACCUGCAUGAGAGCGGCAAGCUGCUCUACUUUGAGGACAGCCCAGCCCUCAAAGAGCACGUCUUCCACAACCUCACCCGCCUCAUCGACAUCCUCAAUGUCUUCUUCCAGAGGGAUGCUUCCUUGCUGCUGCAUAAACUACUCCUAGGGACCAGUGGAGAGGGCGAGGGGGAAAGCUCUCCAGUGAUGGCGCUUCCCACCCCGAGCCAGGACCUGCUCCCUGCCACCCAGCUCCAUCAUUAUGUGGAGGGCUUUCUGCUGCAUGGGCUCUUGCCAGCCCAUGUCAUUCGGUUGCUGCUUAAGCCUCAUGUCCAGGCCCAGCAGGACUUGCAGCUGCUGCUGGAGCUGCUGGAGAAGAUGGGACUCUGUUAUUGCCUCAAUAAACCCAAGGGCAAGCCUUUGAAUGGGUCCACGGCCUGGUACAAGUUUCCAUGCUACGUGCAGAACGAGGUGCCCCAUGCAGAGGCCUGGAUUAAUGGGACCAACCUAUCUGGGCAGUCUUUUGUGGCUGAGCAGUUGCAGAUUGAAUAUUGUUUUCCUUUUACCUUUCCACCUGGGUUGUUUGCACGCUACAGUGUCCAGAUCAACAGCCAUGUGGUGCACAGGUCGGAUGGUAAAUUUCAGAUCUUUGCAUAUAGAGGGAAAGUUCCUGUGGUGGUGAGUUACAGACCUGCCAAGGGGGUCCUGCAGCCAGACACCCUCUCCAUUGCCAGCCAUGCAUCAUUACCAAAUAUAUGGACCGCAUGGCAAGCCAUAACCCCCUUGGUAGAGGAACUGAAUGUCCUUCUUCAGGAAUGGCCUGGACUGCACUACACCGUGCACAUUCUCUGUUCUAAGUGCCUUAAGAGAGGGUCGCCCAAUCCACAUGCUUUCCCAGGUAAGUGGAGAGAGGAAGUUCUUCUGUG